AUGGGUAAAAAAGACAAAAAGUCAAAGGAAGCCAAGAAGUCCAGAGCAGCUGAAAAGCAGAAAAAAAAUCAAACAAAGGCAGACAGCAAGAGCAAAAAGCUCGCAAAAAAAUAUGGAGAUGAUGAAGAUGAUCAAGACAUAGAUCAGAUUCUAGAACAAUAUGCUAAGGAGCAAGAAGAAUUUGAAGCCGUCAAUAUUGAAGUAUGCGACAGACCAAGUAAGAGAUUAAAUCCAACACUAGUGGCGAACUCAGCUCAAGGUAAAAGAGAGUUGAUUUUAUUCGGAGGUGAAGUAAAUGAUGGAUCCAAAUCUCGAUUCUUCAAUGAGCUAUACGUGUAUUCUGUUGACAAUGACAUCUGGAGGGUGAUAAAGUCACAAAAUUCACCAUUACCAAGAUCUUCCCAUGCAAUGUGUGUUCAUCCAUCUGGUUUAAUAUUAAUGUUUGGAGGAGAAUUCUCGUCUCCCAAGCAAUCGACUUUUUACCACUAUGGUGAUACAUGGAUAUUGGAUUCCGAUACAAAAGAAUGGGGAAAGUUAGAUAAAAAGAAGAGCCCUAGUGCGAGGUCUGGGCAUAGGUUAGCAGCAUGGAAGAAUUAUAUCAUGUUAUAUGGCGGUUUCCGUGACUUGGGUGCCACAUCUACAUAUUUGAAUGAUUUGUGGUUGUUCGAUAUAACCACGUAUGAGUGGACCCAGGUAGAAUUUCCUCCAAAUCACCCCAUUCCAGAUCCUAGAUCAGGUCAUUCUUUCCUCCCCUGUAGUGACGGUGCUAUUGUUUACGGUGGGUAUUGCAAAGUAAAAGCAAAAAAGGGGUUGCAAAAAGGAAAAGUUCUAUCUGAUUGUUGGCUUUUAAAGAUGAAAUCUGACCCUAAAGCUAUCAGAUUUGAAAGAAGGCGUAAGCAGGGAGCUACACCUUCCGCGAGAGUGGGUUGUUCCUUGGUAUUUCACAAAAAUAGAGGUAUCAUGUUUGGCGGUGUCUUCGAUUAUGACGAAAGUGAAGAGCAAUUGGACUCGGAAUUUUACAAUAAUUUAUUUUCUUAUCAAAUUGAAACAAAUAGAUGGCAUAAUUUGUCUCUUAGGCCUAGAAGAAAGAAGCAAAAUCAAGUGGUUAAAGAGAAGAAUAGAGACGAAGACCUCGAAGAGAUUCUUAAUUCUAUAUUAAAGAAAGCUAAACUUGAGGACAAUGAAGAAGAGACUAAUGAUAUAUCCCACAUUAAGAAAUUGAAAGAGCAGGAAGAGCAAGAUGAAAAAGAAAACGAAAAUACUGUAGAGUACCCAGUCAUGAACCAGCUUCCACAACCCAGAUUUAAUGCCUCCAUUUGUGUUCUUGACGACACCUUGUACAUUUUAGGAGGUAUCUUCGAACGAGGUGAUCAAGAAUUUUGUUUGGAUUCUAUGUAUUCAAUUGAUCUAGCUAAAUUAGAUGGCGUGAAGGUCUUCUGGGAGGAUCUCAGUGAUUUGGAGCAAGAGCAAGUGAACUCAGACGAAGACGACGAUGAGGAUGACGAUGAUGAUGAUGGAUCUUUUGGUAGUGGUCGUGAUACAGAUCAUGAUGAUGAUGACGAGGAUGAAGACGAGGAACCAGAGGAAGAAGAAGAGGAAGAAGGGGAAGAAGAAGAGGAGGAGUUCCCAGAUCCCCGUCCAUGGUUACCACAGCCUAAACCUUUUGAGAAUUUGAGAGCAUUUUAUAUCCGUACUGGUGCUCAGUUUUUAGAAUGGGCAAUUUCAAGUAACCGAGAUGCAAGAGGCAAAUACUUGAAAAAAGCAGCAUUCGACCUUUGUGAAGAUAGAUUUUGGGAGAGAAGAGAGCAUGUUAGUGUAGCUGAAGACAAUUUAGAGCAAAUGGGCGGUGUCGGUGAAGUCGUUGAGAAAGAUACUUCUAAAACAAGCAAAAGAAGAUAA